UCCGCAUGGCUCCCGCCCCACUCACAGCCAUCUUGGGGGGUUUUUCUGAACAAAAAAAAGGUGUGAGACAGAAAAACACUGACGGGGAGAAGCAUAUUAGACAUUUUUGGAACUUGACGGAAAGACGGAUGUAGUGAUACAAUACGAUAUGAAAGGAAGGGGAGCAGGCGAGGUGGAAGAAGACCAGCCGCACCCCGAAUACAGCUAACGUUAGCUAGUAGCUAGCCAGCUAAGCUAACUGGCUAGUGGCUCACCAAUUCGGGACGGAUUAAGUAGCUAGUCAGACAGCUAGCUAAGCUAGCUAGCUUCUGCUCAGCCCUACCGAUAGCUAGCCUAGGAAAUUGAGAACAAAUCAAAUUCGUCGUCGGAUGUAUGUGAGAAGGAAAUCGAUGACAAUGCAUCGUACGUCGAUUUGAGACCACCCCCCCAUUGAAGAGACCACCGCUAAGGUUACUAGCUACGGAUAUUGGAUAUUUUUUUUUUUCUGUAGGUAGAGCGGUAUCAUAACAAGCCGUGGCCCUGGCUAUGCCCUCGAGUGUGCGGGCGGGCAAUCUAAAGGACCCGGAUGUGGCUGAGCUCUUCUACAGAGAUGACCCCGAGAAGCUUUUCGCUGACCUCCGAGAGAUCGGCCAUGGCAGCUUCGGGGCCGUCUACUUUGCCCGAGAUGUGCGCAACAACGAGGUGGUGGCCAUCAAGAAGAUGUCCUACACUGGCAAGCAGUCCAACGAGAAAUGGCAGGAUAUCAUCAAGGAGGUGAAGUUCCUCCAGAAGCUUCGUCAUCCCAACACCAUCGAGUACAGAGGAUGCUACCUCAGAGAACACACAGCAUGGCUGGUGAUGGAGUACUGUUUAGGCUCCGCCUCCGAUCUUCUCGAAGUUCACAAGAAGCCACUACAGGAGGUGGAAAUAGCUGCUAUUACCCAUGGUGCACUGCUGGGCUUGGCCUAUCUUCACUCCCACAACAUGAUCCACAGGGAUGUGAAGGCAGGGAACAUCCUCCUGACAGAGCCUGGCCAGGUGAAGCUGGGAGACUUUGGCUCUGCCUCCAUUGUUGCCCCCGCCAACUCCUUUGUAGGAACCCCCUACUGGAUGGCUCCGGAAGUGAUCCUAGCGAUGGACGAGGGUCAGUACGACGGCAAGGUGGACGUCUGGUCUCUGGGCAUCACCUGUAUAGAGCUGGCGGAGAGGAAGCCGCCUCUGUUCAAUAUGAAUGCUAUGAGUGCCUUAUACCACAUCGCGCAGAACGAGAGCCCCGUCCUAGCGUCCAAUCACUGGUCUGAUUAUUUCCGUAACUUUGUGGACUCCUGUCUACAGAAGAUUCCACAGGACAGGCCUAUCUCUGAUGUGUUGCUCAAUCACCGGUUUCUGUGUCGUGAGCGUCCCCUGACGGCGGUGAUGGACCUGAUAGCGAGAACCAAGGACGCAGUGCGGGAGCUGGACAACCUUCAGUACAGGAAGAUGAAGAAGAUCCUCUUCCACGAAGCGCACAACGGACCCACCCCAGAGGGAGGCGAGGAGGAGGAGGAGGUGGAGCAGUACCUGCUGCGCACGGGCACUGUGGGCAGCAUGGAGAGUUCCCAGUCUGUGCCCAGUAUGUCCAUCUCCGCCAGCUCCCAGAGCUCCUCGGUCAACAGCCUGGCGGACGGCUCCGACGACAGCAACGAGAUGGCCAUGAUGACCGAGGGAGAGCACACGGUCACCUCCAACUCCUCCAUUAUACACCGCCCUACUGGUCAGGAUAAUAUCUAUGAUGACCCAUACCAGCCAGAGAUAGACCAGCAGCAGCCCUCGUCAACCGCCCGCCGCAGGGCCUACUACCGCAACCGGGACCACUUCGCCACCAUCCGCACGGCCUCCCUGGUUACUCGUCAGAUCCAGGAGCACGAGCAGGGCUCAGCGCUGAGGGAGCAGAUGUCCGGCUAUAAGAGGAUGAGGAGGCAGCACCAGAAACAGUUGAUGGGCCUGGAGAACAAGCUGAAGGCUGAGAUGGAUGAGCACCAGCUGAGACUAGACAAAGAGCUGGAGAACCAGAGGAACACCUUCGGAGGAGAGGGGGACAAACUGGGCAAGAAACACCAGGCCAUACUGGAGAAGGAGACCAAGGCAGCCCUAGCUGAGGAGAAGAAGUUCCAGCAGCAUAUCCUGAGCCAGCAGAAGAAAGAGCUGACCAGUCUACUGGAGUCUCAGAAACGCCAGUACCGCCAGCGCAAGGACCAGCUCAAAGAGGAACUGAAUGAGAACCAGUCGACCCCUAAGCGGGAGAAGCAGGAAUGGCUGGUGCGUCAGAAGGAGUGUCUGCAGCAGCUGCAGGCGGAGGAGGAGGCGGGGCUGCUGAGGAGACAGAGGCAGUACUACGAGCUGCAGUGUCGCCAGUACAAGAGGAAGAUGCUGCUGGCCCGACACAACCUGGAACAAGACCUGCUCAGAGAGGACCUGAACAAGAAGCAGACCCAGAGGGACCUGGAGUGUGCCAUGCUGCUGAGGCACCACGAGUCCACCCAGGAGCUGGAGUUCCGUCAGCUGGGCGCGGUGCAGCGUACGCGGGCCGACCUGAUCCGCACGCAGCACCAGACAGAGCUCACCAACCAGAUGGAGUACAACAAGAGGAGGGAGCAGGAACUCCGGCAGAAACACACAGUGGAGGUCCGCCAGCAGCCCAAGAGCCUCAAGUCCAAGGAGCUCCAGAUCAAGCGUCAGUUCCAGGACACGUGUAAGAUCCAGACGCGUCAGUACAAGGCCCUGAGGAACCAUCUGUUGGAGAGCACUCCCAAGGCCGACCACAAGGCGGUGCUCAAGAGGCUGAAGGAGGAGCAGACCAGGAAACUGGCCAUCCUGGCCGAGCAGUACGACCACUCCAUCAACGACAUGCUGUCCACACAGGCUGUGAGUAAGCUGCGAUUGGACGAGACCCAGGAAGCAGAAUACCAGGUGCUGCGGAUGCAGCUGCAGCAGGAGUUGGAGCUGCUGAACGCUUACCAGAGCAAGAUCAAGAUCCACACAGACUCCCAGCACGAGAGAGAAGCCAAGGACCUGGAGCAAAGGGUGUCCAUCCGCAGGGCCCUGCUGGAACAGAGGAUUGAGGAAGAGAUGCUGUCUCUGCAGAACGAGCGUUCAGAGCGUAUCCGUACUCUACUGGAGCGCCAGGCACGGGAAAUCGAGGCAUUUGACUCGGAGAGCAUGCGUCUUGGCUUCAGCAACAUGGCUCUGACGGGCAUCCCCGCCGAGGCCUUCAACCAGGGCUACCCCAAUCCCAGCCCCUCCUCUGGCCCCGGGGGCUGGCCCUCCCGCCCUGUCCCUCGCUCCGGGAGCCACUGGAGCCACGGCGUGCAGAACUCUGUGGCGCCCCCUUCGUGGCGUAGCCAGAACAGCUGCAGCGGUGGAGGAGGGUUCAGCCGUGCCGAGUCAAUCACUUUGUCUCACGGCCUGGGGAGGGAUAGUGAGAUGAACAUGAGUGGUAGAGGCCACUCCUCCAACUCCUCAUCUUCUUCCUCUUCCUCCCACCAUCAUCACCAUCACCAGCAGCAGCAGCAGCAACACUACCUCCCCCAGCACUACCACCACCACCACCAGAGCACGCCGCACCUGUACCGAGAGAGCCGCGAGCGCGAGGACCGCGAGAGGGAGAGGGAGUGGGGGGGUGGGGGAGGAGGCCACCAACACCACCACCACGGGGGAGGAGUUCAUCACCACCACCUCUCCCAACACGCCUCAGCCCAGUCCCUCGCUCUCCUGCCACCUCCGCCUCCCCCACCACCUAUCUCCCUCUACUCCUCCUCGCCGCCCUCCUCUUCCUCCUCCUCGUCUUCCCAGGGAGGGGGAUACGGGGGUCUGGUUGCCAGGGGCCCCAGCCUGAUGGCCCUGAGGAACAGCCCACAGCCCCUGAGGAGGACGGCCUCAGGGGGGCCCGGCGGGGCAGGGGGGGGCGAGGGGGUUCUGAGCCGGAGCACCUCGGUCACCUCACACAUCUCCAACGGCUCCCACCUCUCCUACUCUUAAAGGGGAAGGGCAAUGAUAGGCUCCACCCCUCAGUCUUAAUGGGGCGGGGUGAGAGAACAAACCAAGCCUGCCCUUUCUCUGAGGUUGCCUCUGAAACGAUACCCUAACCCUCUCGUAUGGGGAAUAGGGUAUCGUUUGAGAUAUGCCAUGCAGUGAGU